CGCGGCGGCCGGCUGCCGCACUGCGCAUGAGCAGGCCUCGGCGGCUCCCCGCUCCCCCCUCCACCAGUGGGCGGCUCGGAGCGCUCGAGGCUCGUCGGUGGACGGAAACAAGUGAAAUGUUGUACAAUAUUAUUGUUUAUGUUGUAAACGUUUGAACAGGAAUCGUCAGAAUGGACCUGUCUUUACUUGGUGAUGGUAGCGGGCCAUUGCCAUUCGACUGUUCUACCCCUAAAACUCAAAGAUUGAAAUUCACGUGUCACGUUUGCAAAAAGGAAUACGUCUCCAAGUUUUACUUCGAAAAACAUGUUCGAACUCACCCCGAUCAAGUGCCCAUUUCUCACAAUGUGAGUAAUGCUGUCCACCUUGAUGAAAGUGAGCUAUCAUUUAGCCAACUUCGUGACAUCAAUGAUAAUACAGUUAGUUUUCGUGUCCCUACUGCUCGCCCACCAGCUAAGAGGAAGCUGAAUGUAGCCAAAAAUCAAGCCAAAAAUUCUUCAGACAAAGCAAAAAAGGUGAAGCCGCAGUUGAUAUGCACAUACUGUCUCAAGGGCUACGUAUGCAGACGUUCCUUCAAAACUCAUAUGAUGACACACACUUUACAAGAGGCUGCUGCUCGAUUUCCUGACAUCGAAGAUAUUAUUGCAAAUUCUGAUGAAAUUGCUAAAGAGUCACUAACUGAUGUUGCAAAUAGUGCUAGUUUUGGUGAAUGUGGUGCAAAAUUUAAACAAGUUGUGGGGCAUGUUGUAUCUGUUUUGGGAGAUGAAGAAUGGAAAGAGUUUAGUGCUCAAGUUUGCGCAGAUUUAGUUAAAGUUAUUGCUGAUAAGAAAUGUCUUCUUCCAUCAUCCCUAGUUAAUACUCUCAUAGCACAACUAGAAGAAAUGCUUACAAAUAUUGAACUGUGUGAUGGAUACUUGAAAGGGCUUCAACUUCUUGAUUUGUUUGAAAGAGAUGUACUCUCUCAAAUCGUGCACGCCACGACAAGAUUUUUGAAAAGAUCUGCAAACAAAAAACCAUGCCAUAUACUAGAUCCAGGAUCUGAGAACGGAAAGUGGCUGGAGUUAAAGCGCCAGAAGUUACUAAGUGCUGCUAAUGUCAUCGUACGUUUCGGUUCCCCAGAAGCCAAUACUUCCAGUGACUGGUUGGAUGUUAUUCCCCAGCAAUGA